ACAAGUGAAAGUGAAAGUGAAUUUUGAAUUUGGUUGUUUCAGCUCAAGUCGACACCAGCGUGUUUGUGUUGCACUAAAUAUAGUUUGUCAGCAGCAGUGGCAACACUGAUCUUACAUGUUCAGAAAUGUCUUCAGCAGUCCUUCUACUUUCUGAAGAUCAGUUCCUGUGCUACAUCUGUCUGGACGUGUUAACUGAUCCAGUCACAUUACAAUGUGGACACAACUUCUGCAACAAGUGCAUCACUGAACACUGGAAUACAAAAGCCCAGUAUGAUUGUCCCGCUUGUAAACAGGUUUUCCAACAAAGACCUCAGCUGAAGGUCAACACUUUAAUUUCUGAGAUGGUUGCUCAGUUUAGACAUGAAGCUGAACAGAAAACCAGCAGCAGCAACUCAGAGCAAGACAUUAUCACACCAGGAGAAGUUCUGUGUGAUGUCUGCACUGUGACAAAAAAGAAGGCCCUGAAGUCCUGCCUGGUGUGUCUGGCCACCUACUGUGAGACUCACCUGGAGCCUCAUCUAACGGCUCCAUGUCUGAAAAGACAUCAACUGAUCCACCCUGUGGAGAAUCUGGAGGACAGGGUGUGUAAGAAGCAUGAAAAACCACUGGAGCUGUUUUGUAAGACGGACCAGACAUGUGUAUGCAUGCUCUGUCCUGUUUUAGAUCACAAGGACCAUCAGUUUGUUCCUCUGAAGGAAGAAUAUGAAGGGAAGAAGGAAGAGCUGAUGGAGACAGAGGCUGAGCUUCAGCAAAUGAUCCAGUUCAGACGAGUGAAGAUUGAGGAGACCAAACACUCAGUGAAGAUGAAUAAAGAUGAAGCAGACACAGAGAAAGCAGAAGGGGUCCAGGUCUUUACAGCGCUGAAGGAGUCUGUGGACAGAGGCCUGAACAAGUUAAUCAAGGAAAUCGAAGACAAACAGAGAAAGGCAGCGAAAGAGGCUGAAGACACUAUCACAGAGCUGGAACAUGAAAUCUCUGAGCUGAUGAAGAGGAGCAUUAAGGUGGAGCACGUCUCUCUCUCUGAAGACCACCUCCAUUUCCUCCAAAGCUUCACAUCCCUCAAAACUGCUCCACCCACCAAGGACUGUAAGGAGGUCAGAGUCUGUCCACCAUCAUCUUAUGAGGGGACUGUGGUGAGAGCACUAGCUCAGCUGGAGGAAAAUCUCCGUGAAAAGGCAAAGGCGCUUAAGCAGUCAGAAGUGAAAAGGGUCCAGCAGUUUGCGGUGGAUGUGACUGUUGAUCCUGACACAGCACACAAUGAACUUGUCCUGUCUGAUGAUGGAAAACAACUUUAUCAUAGUGGUGAGAAGAAGAAUCUACCAGACAACCCAAAGAGAUUUUCUCAAUGUACAUGUGCCUUAGGAAAGCAGAGUUUCUCAACAGGCAGAUUUUACUUUGAGGUUCAAGUCAAAGGAAAAACUGAUUGGGAUUUAGGAGUCGCCAGAUCAUCGAUCAAUAGGAAGGGGCAGAUCACCCCGAGACCUCAGACUGGUUACUGGUCAAUUAUGUUGAGAAAUGGAAAUGAGUACAGUGCAUUUGCCUCUCCUUCAGUCCGUCUCUCUCUGACGUCUCAGCCUGAGAAUGUGGGGGUGUUUGUGGAUUACGACAGGGGGCUGGUCUCCUUUUAUGAUGUUGAUGCUGCAGCUCUUAUCUACUCCUUUACUGGCUGCUCCUUCACUGAGAAUCUCCACCCAUACUUCAGUACAGAUGUUAAGUAUGGUGGUAAAAACUCUGCCCCUCUAAUCAUCAUCAAUCAUGUCCCGUGACUCAAAUUGAAUAGACAAACCAGUUACUAUGAACAGAGAAGUGAUUAGAGUGAGAAUUUGCAUCAAGAACUGAUGAUGAAUACUUUUUUUUGUAUCGUGUUUUAUCCACACAGAAAUGGAUCAGA